GGAGUGAAAAAUUCUAAGCAGCUCAUACUAACACAGCUGGCAACGCUAUCAAUCGGAUGUGUGUUGGUGUUUGCGCAGUGAGGUGAAUCGUGAAAAAGUGAACAUUUUCUUAAUCAUUCUUUAAAAUAAUUGAGAAAAAUUUGAUUUUUCUUUAAAAAUGUCAAAAAUGAAUUCAAGUAAAGUAUUAAUACGACAUUAGGCGAUACUGAUCGCUUGCGGAAAGUUUGAAAUUGUAUUAGCAAAAAUUUGCUUUGUAAAAUCAUACGAAAGCAAAAUCAAAGCGCAAUAAAAAUAGCAGCAGCAGCAGCAGCAGAACGGUGUGGCACCAGCAAGUAUAGGGCGGCAGCAAUAACGCAGGCUAAGUUUUUUGGAAGGAAGGUCGUAAAAUUUGUUUGAGGUCAAAAAAUUAGUGGAUUAAAACUGAAAUUCGGCAUAUAUUACGUAUUUGUCGUGUUUAAAACGUUUACUAAUUAGAAUUUUCAAUGCAAUAACGCUACCGAGAUAACUGCGAAAAUUGCCUUUUCGAGAAUUGCCACUUGGAGUUGGUCGUGGUGUUUUGGGCUUAACGUAGACAAAAACGCUAAGAUAGACGCGGUGUGGGGUUGGGCUUCUGCCCCGCUGCGUUUAGCAGCGAACAGGAUGGGCGAUCCUAUGCUACCAGGCGCUGCUGGUAGCGCUGGCACCUCCACCAGUGCCAUUGAUCGCCCACCAUCACCGGCACGUCUAUCGCACACCUCGGAGAAACACCCCAAGGUUACAUUGUCCGAGUUGAAUAUGCUGCGACGUCAUCGUGAACUAUGUGACGUUGUACUCAAUGUUGGUGGACGUAAAAUAUUUGCACACCGUGUCAUUCUUUCCGCCUGCAGUCCGUAUUUUCGCGCUAUGUUCACCGGUGAAUUGGAAGAAUCACGACAAACUGAAGUGACCAUAAGAGACAUUGAUGAGAAUGCAAUGGAGUUGCUGAUUGAUUUUUGCUAUACCGCUCAUAUCAUUGUUGAAGAGUCUAAUGUGCAAACGCUGCUACCAGCAGCUUGCUUACUACAGUUGGUCGAAAUACAAGAUAUUUGUUGUGAAUUCCUAAAACGCCAACUGGAUCCGACCAACUGUUUAGGCAUACGCGCUUUUGCUGAUACGCACUCGUGUCGCGAAUUAUUACGCAUUGCGGAUAAAUUUACACAACAUAACUUCCAGGAUGUAAUGGAGAGUGAAGAGUUUUUAUUGCUGCCGGUGGGUCAACUUGUCGAUAUAAUAUGUAGUGAUGAAUUAAAUGUACGCUCGGAAGAACAAGUUUUCGACGCUGUCAUGUCAUGGUUAAAAUACAAUGUUGCUGAUCGUCGUCAACAUUUGGCACAGGUUUUGCAACACGUACGCUUACCACUAUUAUCACCGAAAUUCCUUGUUGGCACUGUUGGUUCUGAUUUGUUAGUGCGCUCUGAUGAAGCCUGUCGUGAUCUCGUCGAUGAGGCAAAGAACUACUUACUAUUACCACAAGAACGUCCACUAAUGCAAGGCCCACGCACACGUCCACGUAAACCAACACGUCGUGGUGAAGUGUUGUUUGCUGUCGGUGGUUGGUGUUCGGGUGAUGCUAUAGCAUCCGUUGAACGCUUCGAUCCACAAACCAAUGAUUGGAAAAUGGUUGCACCAAUGAGUAAACGUCGCUGUGGCGUUGGCGUUGCUGUACUCAAUGAUCUUCUCUAUGCGGUGGGUGGUCAUGAUGGUCAGAGUUAUUUGAAUAGUAUUGAACGUUAUGAUCCACAAACAAAUCAAUGGUCUUGUGAUGUUGCGCCGACUACUUCCUGUCGUACUAGCGUUGGCGUAGCCGUUUUGGAUGGAUUUCUUUACGCUGUUGGUGGGCAGGAUGGCGUACAGUGUCUGAAUCAUGUUGAACGUUAUGAUCCUAAAGAGAAUAAGUGGUCCAAGGUUGCACCAAUGACAACACGACGUCUGGGCGUGGCUGUUGCCGUUUUGGGUUGUUAUCUAUAUGCAAUCGGCGGGUCCGACGGUCAAUGCCCGUUGAAUACGGUUGAACGCUAUGAUCCAAGGCAAAACAAAUGGUGCGCUGUUAAUCCAAUGUCGACCCGCCGCAAACAUUUGGGUUGUGCUGUUUUCAACAACUACAUAUACGCUGUUGGCGGUCGCGAUGAUUGCAUGGAAUUAUCUUCUGCUGAGCGCUAUAACCCGCAUACAAAUACUUGGAGUCCAAUUGUAGCGAUGACCUCGCGACGUAGUGGCGUUGGUUUGGCUGUAGUCAAUGGUCAGCUAUAUGCGGUUGGCGGCUUCGACGGCUCGGCCUACUUAAAAACAAUUGAAGUUUAUGAUCCAGAAACAAAUCAAUGGCGUUUAUGCGGCUGCAUGAAUUAUCGCCGUUUAGGUGGUGGUGUCGGUGUAAUGAAAGCACCACAGACUGAAAACUAUAUGUGUAUACGCAAAGAUUCCGUUGUUUGAUUGAGUGCAGAGGAGGAGUGUUAUUAAUAAAAUAAAAACCGUGGCCACGUCAUAACCAAAUAAAAAUUUAAAAUAUUUGCACGUUGCUACGGUACAUUUUAAGGCUUUUUAAGCUAAAAUUCUAAUACGAAAAAAAAAAAUCAAGUAUAAGAGAAAAAAACUACGAACCAUAAAGGAAAGUAAAAAAAAAUAAGCAAAAAUCGAAUAAACUAUUUAAAACUAAUAAUUAAACACCUUAUUUGUAUAAUGAUAAAACUUUUGCGUAUAUAUUCCAAUAACAGCAGUUUAAAUGAAAUUCAUUUUUUGCCGCUUGCCUGUGAUGAUAAUGUGGAUGGUGAAAUUGUGCGCGAGGCUCAAAUAAUGUGCUUAGCCAAAUUUCACUUUAUAAAAAUUACAUUAAUAAAACAUUUCCACAUAACUGUUACAAACAGUUAUAUGUCCCGUGUGCUGUACUAGCGCAUAGCACAACAAUAUUGCUUACAUAUAUAUAUGUAUAUACCAACAAACACACAUAUAGAGUAAUGAUUGCAAAAUGUAAUUGCUUGCUUAUGCAGUGCACGGGACACGCAAACCUAUUUUUUGUAAUUGAAUAAAAACGCAAUACCACGAAAAUAUUGUAUGUAUGUGAUGAGGAAGUAAUGGAGCUAGUUUAAAGCAUAGAAGAAAAGUUGAACGAAAAUAAGGGUAUGAAAUUUUAACUGCCUUCUAAUUGAAAAUAUUAUAAAAACAUACAAUUUUAAUUAGGCUUAUGACCAGUAAAUGCUGAUUUAAAAAAAAAAAAAACUGAAUAUGUUUCUGAUAAUGUAAAGAUACAUUUCAAGUUAUUCUAGUGCUGAAUUUAAUUGUAAUUACAUUACUUUAUAAAACAAACUUACUAUUUUUUACUUUCCUUAUGUUUCUUUUUUUUUUGCGUUUUGUUUGUUUUUCUAAAUUACACCAAAUAAUCUACUACAAAUAAAUUGGCAACAAUGAAAAUAUUAAUAGUUACGUUUUAAUUAAAUCAGCUAAAAAUGAACCUGAAACUUACAGCACCCACUCAUAGAAUUAAGCUACUAAAUAUAUACAUACAUACA